UACAAUUUGAUUUUAAAUAUUACAUAUGUUUACAAAAAAACCUUAACGAUCAAAAAUCCAACAUGUUCUCGUCACAAAAAUCAAAAUUCCUCUUUCAGGCAUUGACAUAUAGUUUAUUUCGUCACACAGUCAACGACGGCGAAGCACAUAGAGCUUUGGCACGACUGGCAUGCAGGACUCAGUCAAUAAUGACAGCGCGGGACCAGAGCGACCUGAGGACGGUCUCGCUGGCCUACGCGAUGUACGACCCAGACCCGGUUGUAGACAAAGAGAGUCCGAUAUUUGUACUCCACGGCCUCUUCGGGUCGAAGAUGAACUGGAAUACCAUGUCCAAGAACCUCGCGUCGAUAACGAAGAGGCGGGUUAUCGCGCUGGAUCACCGUAAUCACGGUGACAGUCCUCACACCGACGACUUUUCCUACAACCACUUGGCGGCGGACGUCGGAGCUCUGAUGUCCGAGCUCGGCGUGGACAAAGGAAAGGCGAGUCUGAUCGGACACUCCUUGGGUGGAAGGACCAUCAUGACCUUGGCCCUCCAGUAUCCUUCCAUCGUGAGGGAUCUAGUCGUGGUCGACAUAUCUCCAAUCGGGAUCAUACCACAGCCUGAGUACUACGAGGCCUUAGUCCGAACCCUCCAGGAAAUAAGUCUUCCCGAAAGCCUGCCCCUGUCGAAAGGUCGUGCCAUCGCGAACAUGAGACUCUCAGGCUACAUCAAGAGUAAAGGGCUGAGAAAUUUCAUAUUGACCAACCUUGUCAAAACAAGGGACGACAAAUUCACAUGGAGGAUCAAUUUAGAUUCUCUGGUCAAGAACAUGCCCAAUAUAGCAGAAAUGCCGUAUUCAGAUAAUUCCACUUUCCCAAAACCGACAUUGUUCAUCUGCGGCGAAAAAUCCCCUUAUGUCAAACGUGAAGACCAUAGGGGGAUUUACAAAUUGUUUCCGAAAGCGGAGAUCGUCUAUUUUGAAAAUGCCGGCCACCUGGUGCACGCUCAACAGCCAAAGCAAUUUCUGGACCAAGUCACCAACUUUUUAAAGAAGAAUUACAAUUGAUGAAACUUGUGUGAUAGUUGAAAAAACGUGUGUGAUAGUCCGUUUAAUAAAUUAAAAAAUUCAAUACA